AUGGCCGAGCAGCUUACCAAGGAGCAGAUUGCCGAGUUCAAGGAGGCUUUCUCCCUCUUCGACAAGGAUGGUGACGGAACCAUCACCACCAAGGAGCUGGGCACCGUCAUGCGCUCCCUCGGCCAGAACCCCACUCAGGCUGAGCUCGAGGACAUGAUCAACGAGGUUGAUGCCGACGGAAACAACUCCAUCGACUUCGCCGAGUUCAUGACCCUCAUGGCCAGGAAGAUGCACGACACCGACUCGGAGGAGGAGAUCCGUGAGGCUUUCAAGGUCUUCGACAAGAACAACGACGGCCACAUCUCCGCUGCUGAGCUGAAGCACGUCAUGACCAACCUCGGCGAGAAGCUUUCGGACGACGAGAUCACCCAGAUGAUCCGCGAGGCCGACAAGGACGGUGACGGAAUGAUCGACUACAACGAGUUCGUCACGAUGAUGAUGGCCAAGACAUUUCGGGUUCAAGAGGCGGGGGAAGAUUGCUUCACUGAGGGUGUCAGCUUGAAAAACCACGGGGGUGGCGUCUGUGUGGUGAACAACCCCGCAUCACGUGUUGUUUCUCCGACAAUGAUCCGCGCCACCACUAUCAACACCGUCAUCUACCGUCAUCUCCAGGAUCUGUCUGUUCUCCAGUUUCGAAGGGCCGAUGCUCCUGGCUCAAAGGCUCACCUACUGCUGAGCAUGACGACCUCUGCCUUACCGCCAGCCGGCGAUUACCCGUAUCUGGCGUCGCUCAAUGCUGCCCAGCUUGAGGGCACAUUCCAUGCAACAUGCGCCCGUUUCUUGCGGCGGUACGGCAAGUGGAUUAAGCUCGAUCCUUCUUUCACGAUUGCUGAUCAGGACGACUGCAAGAAGAUUAUGAAGAGGCUGCUGAAGGAGCGCAGCGACGAGCUGCAAGAGUUACGCUUGGAGCUCAAGGAAGGAGACGUCUUGAACAGAAUAUCGAAAGCGAAAGCAAAGGAGCAAUCUCCCGCCGACAUGCUGAACGCGCUCGAGGAGAGCUCGCAGGGCGACGUCGACGUGCUGGGUCGCAUGAUCGUGCAGCUGUACGAGGGGUACGACGCAGCACUGCGCGAGGCGAACGCUCUCGACUUCGAUGACCUCCUUCUCUUUGGCCUGCGACUGUUUCGCGAGCACCCCAAUGUCAUCGCGUCGUGCAAGCACAUCCUCGUCGACGAGUUCCAGGACACGAACACUAUUCAGUACGAGCUCAUGGUGUGUUUCGCGCACACUGGUGUCAGCAUCGUAGGCGACCCUGAUCAGAGCAUCUACGGCUGGCGAUCGGCCGAGAUCGAGAAUCUAAACAAGAUGACGAAGGACUUCAAGGGCGUCAAGGCUAUCCACCUCGAGGAGAACUACCGCAGCACGGGCGCGAUCCUCGCUGCGUCGCAUGCCGUUGUAACGCAGGUGGCGCUUAAGACGUUCACGAACCCGACGCUCGAGGCGGGCUAUAUCAGCUCAGAGAUCAAGCGAAUUGUCGCGUACACAGGCGAGAUGCUGAACUACAACGACUUCGCAAUUCUUCGGGGCCACAAAUUCUUCGAGCGCAUGGAGAUCAAGGAUCUGCUCGCAUACUUGCAACUGGCGGAUAACCCAAACUUCAACUCUGUCGCUGAGCUUGUUUCCGCGGCAAAGAAGGCCAAGCUUUCAAUGAUGGAGUUAGCAGAGAGCAUUGUGGACGGCGAAAGCCAAAUCACCAUCAAACCGGCUUUGAAGAAGAAUCUUGCCACAUUCGUGGGCAUCGUCCGCAAGCUGCGGCGUGCGGCGCUGAAGGGCACGUCCGUCGCCGACCUCAUCCGCCUGACGAUCGAGAAGACAAAUUACGAAGAGUACCUGCGUCCGCAACCCGACUUCGACCAACGUUGGGAGAAUAUCAACUACUCUGUCACUGUCGAGGAGGGCAAGGAAGCUAGCACAGAUGCUAGCUCGCGGCUCGUCUCAGAUCCCGUGGAUUUCGUCGCCGCUAGCGAAGUCAAAGCCGCUCCGAAGAAGUUGGAAACAAGUAAGGCGGGUGCGAAGUCCACCAUGCAUCCCAUGUUCAAAAACAACAAGCCACGGCCAACUCGCAAGUCACCGGCAGUCAAGGUUGAGAACGGCGUCGUUGAGCUUCUUGACAGCGACGACGAGGAUCUGGACGACGGUUCGAUCGAGGCGGCGGACCCCGUGGAGGACAGCGAACAUGGAAGACUCGACUUUUCCCUCCUGGCGAAGUACAGAGGAGCACGAAGUGGCCGAGGAGCGGAGGCUGCUUUACGUCGCUAUGACACGCGCCCAGACGUUCCUGCUCGUAUGGCUGGAGGCGAGGUUAACAACCGAAUCAUCAGUCCAUUCGUCAACGCAGUCUUGAAGAAGCAGCCUGAUGUUCUCACCUCCUCGUUGCCGGAGAUCACAGCAGAAGUGCGUCAGGCUGUCGCAAGCAUCGUCGGCCGCACACUCGCCGAUGAGGAGGUGACUCGCAAGCUGAUCGCGAACUACGUUCGCUUCGCCCCUCCGCCGAGCACAUGGGAUGCACCAGACCCCGACUCGCGCAUUUACAAUCGCUUCGGCCGUCGGGAUGGGACUGGCAAGAUGGCGCGGGGUAUCGAGUACUGGAACUCGGAGUUCGACGACUAUGCGCUUCCUGGUGAAGGUGGCGCGCCAUCAUACAACAUGGGCGCGCCGCGCGGCUUCACUUCCAUCGCCAGCGCGAAGUCGCUCCUCCGUCAACCUCAGGCCCCUGCGGCUCCCAAACCACCACCUGUCAAGUUAAAGAGCUCAAACUACGGUUUACCAGGCCCUGUUCCCUUCACGUUUGGUGGAAGGGAGGAACACAAGCCGACCGACUUAACGUCGUUCACUUCCAGCGCCAAUAGCGGUCUCGCUGCCAUGAAGUCGUUAGGCAUGGACUUGGGCGAGCCCGACAUCAGCAGCAAACCAAACAGCGGCAUGUCUGCAUUGGGCGGACGCCCCGCUCAACCCCCAAGCGCGGGGGGCUCUGUUCCGCUCGCUCGGGGAACAAAGCGACUCGGAAUGGGACGUGCUCCGUCAUCGUGGGGCGCGAAGAAAGCGAAACAGUAG